CAGAUGGAAGCUGAAGAGGAAGGAACAAAAAAGCUGUCUGAAGUAAACUUUGAAAACUUACCUCCGAGCUACCACAAUGAGUCCGACACAGAAACCAGAAUUGGCAAUAAGACUGUUCAGACUCACCAAGAAAUUGAUAAGGUUACAGAUAACAAAACUGGAUCAACAGUUUAUUCUGAGAUGGUUAUUACAUCUAUAAGAGAUGGAGAAAACAAAAGAAAUCAUGAGUGUAUCAUUGACGAAGACUGUGACACAGGAAAAUACUGCCAGUUCUCCACCCUGGAGUACAAAUGUCAGCCCUGUAAAACCCAGCACACACACUGCGCGCGGGACGUCGAGUGCUGCGGCGACCAGCUCUGCGUUUGGGGCGAGUGCAAGGAAGCGGCUUCCAAAGGCGAGAACGGCACCAUUUGUGAGAACCAGCAUGACUGCAACCCUGGAACGUGCUGUGCAUUCCAGAAAGAACUGCUGUUUCCCGUGUGCACGCCCUUACCCGAACAAGGCGAACCCUGCCACGAUCCUUCCAACAGACUUCUCAACCUCAUCACCUGGGAGCUGGAACCCGACGGAGUUCUGGAGCGAUGCCCGUGCGCAAGUGGCUUUUCCUGCCAGCCACAGGGGUAAGGCCAUAGCCCUGUGUCCGUGUGUGAACUGUCCUCCGGGGAAACCAGAAGCAGUGAAAAAGACGACCCCUUAAUCAUGGCCGAGAUGCCAUUUCCUGGGUUGAUACCCAGAGAGCUGCUUUCCGAUUACGAAGAAAGCAGCGUCAUCCAGGAAGUGCGUAAAGAAUUAGAAAGUCUUGAGGACCAAAUAGGUUUGAAAGAGCCUGACUCUGCUCAUGAGCUGUUUUUGGGAGAUGAAAUUUAAGUCCCAACACCAGUUAUUCAGUUA